AUGGGACGUAUCAGUCGAGUGUUACCUAAACAUUCAAAACUACCAUUCAGCUUGGAGUCGGAGCCAAAUCUUGAUUUAGGAAUUGGCUUAGGUGGUUUGUUGUUUUCCAACAUGCGAUUCGUGUAUUUUUCGCGUCCUGAUCAUACGUUUAAAUGGACAAACUACAAGCCGGUCGGGGGCGUUAUCAACUCUACACGUUUCCUCGUGUUUAAAACCCCGAUUAAUUCCCAUUUGGCAACCAAGAUCGCCAAAAAACAGCGCUUCAAUGUACCUGAUUUGCUUCGAACGGUUGCGGAACGCGGUUUGACCCUUGGACUCAUUAUCGAUUUGACAGAUACAGAUCGAUAUUAUGACAAAGGCGAUGUUGAAGGUAUGUGCAUCCCAUAUGAGAAAAUCAACUGUCCGGGACGAGGUUUCGCCGAUAGAGAUGACUUGGUGGAUUCUUUCAAUGCUGUAGUGGACAACUUUUUGGAUGCGAAUGCAGACAAUGAUUUGAUAAUUGGUGUUCACUGCACAAAUGGGAUCAAUCGAAGCGGCUAUCUGGUUUGUCGAUACUUGAUUGAUCGUCUUGGGUGGUCUUCUCAUGAUGCCAUUGAUGCCUUCGAAAGAGCUCGUGGAUACCCUAUUGAACGUGGGUCCUAUAUCCAAGCUUUGCAUCGAGCAGCAAAAGAAAGAAGGACAAAAAAACGUCAUAAGCAUAGUGAUGAUAUGGUUUCAAGCGAAGACGAAAUGCAGCGUCAGUUGCGGAAAAGAAAGCAUAAGAGGAAGAAGAAAGAUUUAGGAUCUGGUGAUGAAAGUGGAACACCUGAGCAAAUGGCGGUGGAAGCAGCGUGGAAUCAACUAUCAGUAGCUUAUAAGCAACACAAGGCUGCCACCGAAAACUUGGCUACUAAUCACUCGGUAGCAUCUGCCUCACCCUUGGAUUACCAGCAAACUUCUCAAGGUUCUUCCCACGCAUCUGCUGAGGAUAGUCCUUAUGUUGGCAGUAACGACGGUGUCGAAGCUGAAGAUAGUGCUGAAAAUGUAAAUGGUGAUCAAGUGCGGUCUUACGUUUUUUCUUUUCUCCUGGCAUUAAUCACUGAAAAUUUGCUUGUUAUUCCUCUUGAGCAGGUACCUGUUAAGAGGGAGAUUUCUAGGUCAAGGAAGAGGAAGGAAAGAAGACAGCGACUCCAAAAGGAAUAUGAGAUAAUGAAGACGGGAAAUUUUUGGAAAAUUAAUGAAAUGCAAAAAGAAAAAUUUGGAGCAAUAUGA